AUGUGCGUCGAUGCUCCAUGCGAAAAGUUGACGGAAGGCGAUGCCGAACGUCGACAGCGCCUGAGGAAGUAUGUCCACUCUGACGCAUUCGAUCUCGGGGGCGAAGUCGGAUGUCGAACAGGUACGUUUCGCAGGCAAAACGAAGACGUCCGGGGUCAGCGUCGGCGGACUACUCAUAGCUAUCAAAGGAAUCUCGAUGUGGACGUUGCACAACUUGCUACGUCCAGUUGCGCUGCAUGCAAGUUGUCAAACACCUCGGAGUCAAUGGCUCGAAAGAUGCAGCUCUCCGCUCUCCUGCUCGUCGUAGCCUUUAGCUCUGCGCUCAUCAUUCAGGUGCACAGUGCACACUCGGCCUACUGUACCACCGAGCUCAACGGUACCGGACCCUCCGACUACCAGAUCACCAAGGACUGCUGUGCUGCCACUCGCGAGCACCGCACCACCGCUUUCUGGGAGAACGACCACAAGUGCUGGGAUGCGGCGGGUUUUGGUAAUGGUAUCAACCUGGGAAAGUUCGUCAAGUGCUGUGGCGAUCGUGGUGCUGGUAGCCACAGCGAUGGUUGA